GAAAACUUGUGUGAACACAAGAAAAACACAACACUCUAUCAAUCAUGUCUUCAAAAUCAGCUCUUAUUUGCGUAGUUAUUCUGGUUUUCAUCUCUACUAGUCAUGUAGUCCAUGGAAUUGGAGUGAGUCUUCAAUUACAGGGAAUUUUGGCUUGCUCCGCGACGGGAAAUCUUCCAGGCAACGGAAUCCCUGGAGUACCUGUCAAUAUUUUACCUGUUGGAGGUAACACAACCCUUGCAACAGUGGUCACAGGUCCUGGGGGCAACAUUAGUGCUACAAUUAGUCCUCCACAGGUUGUGUCAAACAUAUUAGCUUCUUUAUUAGAGGGUAUUGUUGCAGUCGUUAAUCUCCCAAUUGUUAAUGCUAAUGUGAAUUGUCCUGCUCUUCCUACCGCAGGAAUCCUUGUAGCUCCCAUCACACUCGUAGCUACCACUAACAGGAUUAUUGGUGAACUAGUGAUAUUACUACAAAUGGGGGGUUUUACUUUGAUGUAAUAAGUAUCAUAGUGACCUAAAUAAAUAUGUCCUAUUACUCAUAUCAUAUGGAGUGAGUAUAAAAGGUCAUGAUGUCUCUAUGUUAACAAUUAUUAUUAUUAUCUAAUAAAUGGUGUCACUGGAUUAUUAACUA